CAUAUGUUCAGCUCAGCGCCCGAGGAGUCACAUGACCACCGCCGUCCACGCAGUGCGGAGCGCGAGCGCUGCGGAGUCUACGAAGUUUGUUUUAUAGAAAAUAAGUUAUUAAACCUCGGCCUACAAAGAAAUAUCAUGGCGGCCACAUCGUUUGUGAUAGCCGUGUCGGUUAUGACUCUGUUUUGGGGUCUUAUUGGUGGAGUUAUUCCCUGGUUUAUCCCUAAAGGACCGAAUCGAGGAGUCAUUGUGACAAUGCUGGUGCUAACCGCAGUCUGUUGCUACCUUUUCUGGCUGAUUGCUAUUCUGUCACAGCUGAAUCCGUUGUUUGGACCAAUACUGACCAACGAUACCAUCUGGUACCUCAACCAACACUGGCAGUAGGGUCCGAUUGUUGAACAAAGCAGAUGCCGGAAAUUUGUAAAUUGCCAAAACCCUCAAGAAACCCUAUUUAAAGCUUUACAUGCUGUUCUCUUACUCAAAGAAUGACCACAGUGACUGUUUGUGUUGUUUUUAUUAAUUUGAUCUCAUCUUUGUGGAAAAAUGCAAUUAAAUAGUGUUUUUGUCUUUGUGUGUGUGUGUAUGUAUAUCAUCUUUGCCUAUGUAUAGUUUGAGUUGAAUGACCUAGUAUUGUUGAACAAAUUAACUAGUCCCAUUCAAAUGUAUGAUUUCGAAUGUCAAAUAAAAUUAAGAGUGAGAAUGAA